AUGGACGCGUCGAUCCCUGUAUUUGAGAAACCCCUUCCUCGUUUGACCAUGCCUGAUUGGACUAGAAAUAUCCAAAGGCUACAGAAUGAAGCUAGACUCAGAAGAUUCGAGUCUUACGAGUUGAGACAAAAAGCUAAUCAGCUCCGAAAUGAAACUGCGGUUACCACGCGAUGGGACAAUUAUGUUAACAAUGAAUUGUUGAGAGAUAGAAUUCACGAAAUCCAAUCCUGGCGUGAGAAGCAGAGGUUUACCCGUGAAUGUGUGAGAGAUGAAAUAAGAGCUCUGAAGGAGGAAAAAAACUCCACGGAAUUACAUUUGGAGUCACUGCAAAUUCCUCUCAUGGUAUCGUCUCAGUGCCUCUCAAAUCGCGACCAGAGAGUGCCGCCUGAAUUGACCAGGGAUCAGCUUGGGGAAGAACUUAAAAAGGAGCUCCACAUAAUAGAGAACAGCAAACGCAAUCUAACAGAUAUAUGCCAGAUGGGAUGGGAGAAAAUAAAGGAAUUGACGAACGUGUUCUGUAGACUGGAACGGGAAAUACAAAACAAAGACGACGCCUUGGACUUGGAGUAUCACGUGAAAGAACUGGAUAGGAACAGCUCAGGGAUAUCCUAUAAGUUGAAUCCUACAAGAAUUCCGCCUGACACAAUGUCUGAAGAAAGCUACGUGCAAUGUAUAGAAAACACGAUACAAAUUGCACAGCAGUUGAUGGCUGAAUCUAAAGCUCUCCGGGAGGCGAUGUUCAAGGCUCGGGAACAGGCGCGAAAUCAGAUGUACGCGCAGUGUCAGGUUGUAGAGAUGAUAAUGCGGAGAAGAGUUUACGACAUACAGAGGGCAAGGAAUGAAAUGGAAUGGCAGAAGUAUAAGCUUGAAUCCGGUAUGCAGAAAUUGGAUACAGAAAUAGAAACAUUACGCGCCGCAGUCGCGAAUAAAAUCAAUCCGACCAAACUAGUUGAGACGAGACUAGAGACCAGAACUAGGAGACCAGUGCUGGAGAGGGUUAAUGACAAACCAAUGCGUGGACUGAUUGAGGAAUAUGAAAGAGUACAUACAAGCAGUAAUCUAUUGGAAAAAAAGCUGGAAGAUGCGUUAAAAACCUACCACGGCAUGUACAACCACCACCAGAGGGUAACAAAAGACUUGCAAUACAAGAACCAGGCCUUGGAGACAGACAGGCGUUUGAUUGAGAUCCGCAAACCUCUACACGGGCCGGAAGAGACUCAGUUCAAGAGAAAUGUCGGCUAUUGUCAUAUGGCCGACGAACUUGUGCCUAUGUAG